AUGCUGAAUGCAUUCAACGGUUCCGGCCAGGCCGUAUGGCUUCAAGGGGGCAUCAUGUGGGUUUUGCUGCUAGCAGAAAUGAACGAGGAAGAAGAAGAGGAGAAGAGAGAGGAGGAGGGAAGCGAGGCGGCAAGUGCUUGGCGUGAAAAGUUCAGCUUCGAUCGUGAUGAGGUGAAGCAGGAGGCCAAAGAUGAGGGGGAUUUUGCCGUACUUGCCGACACCAACGUCGCCGUAUAUAGCGCCGCCGCUUUGGAACAAGGCCUUGUACAACAGGUGGAACGGACACUCGCCGAGGAUGCCGAGGCAAUGCACACCGCCGGUGUGGAUUCAUCAAAACUUCGGGGUCUGAUCGUCGAGAGCCCGCAGUCAUCGUUCGUGAAACACGGUGAUAUGACUCCUUUCGAAGUGCUUGCUGAAAGCAAAAAAGGCGUUGCGAGUGCAGCUUUGAAAAAGAUUCAUUUCGCCCCUCCAAAAAAGGUUUGUUUUAGUAGCUGUGCUGUCACGUUAAAAGUUUUUGCUCUUCACUUCCAAGAACUCCUGCUACAAUAUUAG